UUUGAUUACUAACAAACGAAGUUUUCAGGAUACAUGAACAAAAGCAAGGGAGGAUGUGGAGAAUGAAUGUGUGUGUGGCUAAAAGUGCAGGAUUGAGCUAGGCUUAGAUUCUUUCUUGAUUCCUCCACAGACUGCCCUGUGCAGCCAUCAGCAACUCGCUUAGCAGAAGUUAUUUCCUCAUUGAGAAAGCAGGGAUUUCUGCCUUACAGAGAAGGAAGGACAACACAGCUUGCUAAUAUUUGUCACUCACCAACAUGUUAGAAGAAGAUAAUGAUGAAGCAUGUUGGAAUAACCUGGAGAACUUCCGUGUGAAGCUGAUCUCUGUGAUAGAUCCUUCCCAUAUAACACCAUAUCUUCGCCAGUGCCAGGUGAUUAGCCACGAUGAUGAGGAACAAAUUCUUAAUGACCCCAGCCUGGUCAUGCGCAAACGGAAAGCAGGUGUUCUUCUGGACAUUCUUCAGCGGACAGGACACAAGGGCUUUGAGGCAUUUCUUGAGAGUCUUGAGCUUUAUUACCCACAACUGUAUAAGAAAAUAACCGGCAAGGACCCCAGCAGGGUUUUCUCUAUGAUUAUAGACACCGCUGGGGAAUCCGGCCUGAGCCAACUCCUGAUGAACGAGAUCACGAAGCUGCAGAGCGCCGUGCAGGAGGAGCGGCGGAAGGCCCAGGAGCUCACCAAGUGGCUGCGCGCCAAAGAGGACACGAUUAGAGAGAUGUGGGUGAGGGACAGCUUGCUCUGCAAGCACCAGGAGCGGGCACAGAAGAUGAAGGAGGAGAGGGACAGCCUGAGCAAAGAGCUGCGGAAGUGCAAGGAUGAGAACUACAGCCUGGCAAUGAGCUACGCCAAGCAAAGCGAGGAGAAGAGUGCUGCCCUCAUGAAGAACCGGGACCUGCUCCUAGAGAUUGAUCGUUUGAAGCACAGCCUCAUGAAGGCUGAAGAUGACUGCAAACUGGAGAGGAAGCACACAAUGAAACUGAAGCAUGCCAUAGAGCAGCGCCCGAGCCACGAGGUGGUGUGGGAGAUCCAGCAGGAGAAGGAGUUGCUUUUGGCCAAGAAUCAGGAGCUAGAGAACACUCUCCAGCAGGUUGCCAGGGAACAGAAUUUGGAGAACAACCUCUCCAAGGAGGCUCUGGAGAAUGACUGUAGCCAGAUACUAGGAAAAUGCCAGGAGCUGAUGAACACCAUUUACAGCCUUCGUAAGGAGCUGCAGCAAGCCGAGGUGCUCCAAGACAAACAUGCGGAGGAAAAAGAGAUGCUUGAGCUACAGUGCAUGUCUCUGAGGAAGGACUCUCAGAUGUACAAGAAGCGGAUUGAAGCUGUCUUGCAACAGAUGGAGGAAGUGGCUUCAGAAAGAGACCAGGCCCUCCUGACCCGAGAGCAGUUCUACGUGCAGUACUCCAAGAGCUUGGUUGAGAGGGAUGCUUACCGGAAGCAGAUUCGGGAGCUGGGGGAGCGAUGUGAUGAAAUGCAACUGCAGUUGUUCCAAAAGGAGAGUCAGUUACUGGCUACUGAAGCCAAGCUGAAAAGGUUGCAACUGGAGCUGCCGACGCCGACUUCUGACUUGGAUGACACCUCCUCCAGAGACUCCCAGGAGCUUACUCUUCAUGGUCAUCUAGAUGAAGAUAUGCAGCCGAAUAAUAAACAAGAUUGCACUGAAGAACAAAACCAGCAAUUUAGCACUCAAGAGAGCAGUCGGCCUCCAGAGUCACCCAGUUUCAAAGAGCGUGGCUCAGCCAGCGAGGACCUGGCAGAAAAGGAGCGGAGGAGGAUGAAGGACUGCUUUGAGCGUAACCGAAGAAAAAGGGCAGUGCGAAGGGUACCGAAGUACAGACCCCACGAAGCGGACUGGGAAAACACCACUGGCAGUGACAACACGGACACUGAAGGCUCCUAAGAGCAGGACUUGACCUGGAAAGGGGAACGUGGGGGCACACUGGGGGCUGCAACACACCUGUCUCUAUUUCCGUCACUUCACGUGGACUGCUUGGAUUUUAAAGCCAUCUAAACAACCAUCACUUUUAAAAAGCUGAAGAUGCUAGACUGGACUGUAUUAUUAUUAUUUUUUUUUUUUUUAAUCUCUUCCAUGGCUAUGUGCUGCAUGUCCUCGGUGAACUUGAUUGACAGGUUUGCACCUCCUAUCCGGAACUUUAUUCCCAUUUAGAAAGAGGCCUGCAGCACAUAAAUCAAAGAAACAUGAUUAAAUAUUUAAGGACCCAAAGAGUGCGAGACUGAGUGCAUAGUACUAGUUCUGUUUCAGGAAAAAAGUCCAGGUAUGAGCUAUUUUAUUUAUAAGUUGUCUUGGAAUACAAGCUAGUGUUUUGCAAAAGGAAAAGGGGGGAGGUUAGUGUAGAGAAUUUUAAGGAGCCUUUAUUUGUGCCAGGAAAAGGGGCUUCAAAUCCAUUUCAGAGAUUGUAUUCGUGAGUCCCAAUAAAUAAGGAGCGUGCAGCUCCGUUCUUCGC